ACACGUUGUUCUUUCACCUCCUCCAUUCGCUAUCUGACUCGACACAUAUAUCACGACUCGAACUUGACUUAGCAAGCAAAGGGUGUCUUCCUUAUCCAGCUUGCGUAAGCCCUUGACUCGUUUUCUUCUCUUUGUUCUCUCACACUCCACAGAGGUCAAGUUCCGAGGAGGGUGGUGCCUACUUUUUCUCUCUCUUUAUUCUUGCGCAAAGUCAUGUCCAAGGAUGAAUCGCAACGACUACGACGGUGGCAAUCUUCUCGAAUUCGAAUUCUAAAGUCUCAAUCCCAGAACAGCUCCGAUUCGGAUUUUGAUUCGCAGUGGUGGUACCCGUCCAUUUCGUCGCGCAAAGCAAUCCCUUUGCCCAUUCAGCAGUUGCAACAGCUUCUCAAGCUCAAGUAUAACUACCGAAGUCAAGGAGGAGACAAGUCUUCACCUAAAGACAUCGAACUGAAUGCGGAGCUCGUUGGGGUGAAAGCAGCGGUGGGCGUUCUACGGCCUUACGAACUUUGUGUUGGCAUCGAGCUGCCCAGUGCGACUAUCACCAAUACAACUAUUCGGGACAUAUCACGCAAAGAGGAUCACGAAGCUGUUGCACUAAAUCAGAAAAAAUGGCGGGAGCUUAUGGAGGAGCUGUCGAGGCCCAUUGAUGAUGUUCGGAAAAGUGGUGUGGAUUUGACUGGAAAGGUUGCUGUCGAGAAAUCCAGUACGGUGGACCAGAAUGUCUCUCUACUCCCCGGAUUGGACCUUGCUUCGUGGGGUGACUGUCGUACGUCUCUUCCUUCACCACUGAAACCCAAAUUACGUCCUCUCGUCAUCUUUACUACCCGUGGUGGUGGUACGAGAAGUUGCACUCUCACGCCUUGUGUUGGCGACAAUGAUCAUGCUGUAUCUCCAUCUCUUUCGCCAUCAGAAAUAGCUGCGGAACUCAGCGAAAUGAAGCGAAGUCCAACACCGCCUCUGAGUCUAUCAUUCUCUUCCGAAUCCACGGACUCCUCACCUAAAUCCAUCGCGGCCUCACCGUCAUCAACAUCUUUACCUGAUUUCAUCUUUCCUUCUCUCAGUUCCCCACCAAUACCGAGGAAGAUUCAUUUGGAGAAGGAUGCACAAGGGUUCUUUAUUGGUUUAGAGGAGGAUCAUUCUCAUCAAUCGGCUGACACUUCGGGCCUGCUACCACCUUUUCUCAUUGAAGAAACACCUAGACGGAAAGCUAACCAGUCGAGGACGAGGAGUAUCGUUGAUCGGUUAAAGAGACGUGCAUCGGACGAAGAGCUCUCAAAGCCACAAUCACAACCCAAAGUUGUGGAUGGGUGGGCAGGUAUGGGUUUCUGGGAACCGUAUCGACCUGACCACUCGAAGGCGGAGAAGAAGAGGGAGUUAUUCCUUGCGAAGAAACAGCAACUUGAAUUUGAGGAAAACAACAAUCACCAGAAGGCUAAGAAGAAGGAUUCACCCUCAUCCGCAUCUCGUAGUAGCCGUGCCUCCAUCUCCAUCUCCAACCCCAACAACUCCAACGAGGGUUGGAUUGAGUUCAAGCAGCCUGCGCGACACCACACCAUCCGGCCACGGUCGCAGAAUAACAAAAGGCAUUCGCAUUCGCAAGGCUCUAUUUCGCACCCACCUCAACCCCCACCACCACCUCAGACGGCACCAGCAGCUUAUACUACAUUCCGUCCUCCUCCCCUUCCUCCCCUUCCUCAGCUCCAACCACAACUGCAACCGCAGCCACAACCUCAUCCACAGCAUCAUCAGGCUUAUUAUUACCCCUAUCCUUAUCCUCAUCAUCAGUAUGCUGCCACUACGUAUCCUCAAGUACAACCCCAUCCUCACCCCCAUCCUCAUCCAUACGCUACGACGUACUCGAUGGUGCCGACGGUUCCAAUCACCACCGCUCCCGUUCCCGGUUCUGUUCCCGGUCCCCUUUUCCCGGCGACGACAACCGUCGCGAAGCAUCCAGGGUAUGCGGGGUUCAUGGGUCGAGCACCUGUCAUUGGGUAUCCCGGCGUAUGGUGAUCUAGAGGGUUUUGGGUGCCUGGACGUUCAAAUGUUGACGUUGGUUCCGUCUCUUGCGUCGGCAUUUCGUGUUUUUCCUCUGCUCUAGCCUUUACCUUUCUCCUUCCUCUUUUUUUGUGUUUCUUGUUGUUGCAUUAAUAAUUGAUUUCGGUCGCAUCAUUCAAAUCUGCAUUUUUGAACGUCUUCCGUGGACAAUCCUCACAUUCCAUUAACAACAUCAGAUACAGAUCCACAUCGCAUCUUUUCGUUUACCGAACCUUUUCUCUUCUCCUUGUCCUUCAGACAGGUUUUUAUUACCAUGCACAAUCCCCAGAUAUAUCUAUCCAAUAUUAUUCUCAGAAACUGAAAACUCUUUUUUAUCUCUUCUUUCUCUGUCUACUUCUCUCUCGCUCAGUCUUUCUCUUUCCUCAUAAAUAGUAUCAUUAUGAUCCCAGCAUAACCUCUAAGGUACAUACAUAUACAUGGCAUUUUCCCUCUUUUUCAUUCCUUGUGUAUGCUAACCGUCACGACAUAUGCGGCUCAUUUCUCAGCGUUUCAUUGUUCGGGGGACUCUUUAUUAUUUGUUUGUACUCUCAGCGUAAAUAUAGGUUGUACCAUCCAUUUCGUGUCAUUUAGUUGAUGUAAAC